AUGGUAGCUCAGACGUCCGGCGGGUCAGGCGAAUCCGGUGGAUCUGGAGGGUUUGAAGGGUUCACCGGUGAAGACGGAGAGAGAGGAGCAAGAGACAAAGAAACCUUCACUGGAUCUGACAGUAAGAGGCCUUCACAGCGACGAGGAUGCAUCGACGAUACCAUGAAGAAGCUCGUCGGGAACAGGAGGCGACGAGGGAGGAGAACCAGAUUCCAACCAGCCUCUGCGGCGACCAAACGGAACAGCGGCUUCUGGGGAGCUAGACGCACAGACGGCCGGAGGGAAGGCUAG